AUGGGCUCCGGCGGCAAGCUUUACGAGCGUCAAGCCCCCUACAACGACCCCCACAACUGGAAAUACGACAUCUUCAGCGGCCUAUCUGUCGCCGGCAACAACUCCAACUCAUUGCUCUUCACCGAUCUCAACAUGUCCACCCCCAUCGGCGCCGCUUUCGCCAUGAACCGCUACGGCGGCAAGACCAACCUCUUGCUCUACACCGUCAGCACCGACGGUAGAAUGGAGCAACACCAGUACUACACAGCCAACGACACCCUCUCCGAGACAAAAUACACCAGCCUCAGCGGCGCCGCCAGCGUUCCCAUGACCACAGUCAGCCAGAACAAGACGUCGCUCUUCAGCGUCGCCGAGCGGCCGGAAUGCUCGUGGCCGUUCCCGCUGACGCAGCUGGCGCUGUCGUGA